AUGCAUGGGAGGAGCACUCCAGUCUUUGCUGAGUAUUUGUCCCUCUGCCAUGCGGCCAACUUUGGGCCGCUCGUCGACUCGGGCCCAAAGGAGAUCGGGAAAGACGACGCUCUCAUCAUCGUGGACAUGCAGAACGACUUCGUGCCGAAAGACCAGACGAACACCCAUGGGCGCUUGGCUGCUCCAGAGGGCGGCGACAUAUGCGACCAGAUAGUGCCUCUGGCAGAGCUCGUGGCGCAGCGGGGCGGGGUGGUAGUGGCCACGCGCGAUUACCACCCAGCAGGCCACUGCUCCUUCACGGAAAAGGGCGGGGGUUGCGCUCCACACUGUAUACAGGGCAAUGCAGGCUCGCAUUUCUACGACCCGGUGGCCAGAUGUUUGGAGGGCCUGCUGAAGAAGAAAAGGCGCGUCGAGAUUGUCUUCAAGGGCUUCCACGAAGACGUGGAGUCCUUUGCGGCGCUGGAGUACUCAGAGGUCCCCCCGAGCGAUCGCGGCGAAGAGUUCACGAUGACUAAGGACUGUUCCAAAGAGCGACUUUGCGGUUGGGGGAGCAGGAGGGGAGAGGGACAAGGAGACCAGGAAGUUGGA